AUGACUGUCACUGUCACUGAUACCAUUAUUGUUACCAUCACUAUAACCGUUACCAUAAUUGUUAUCGUAAUCGUUACUAUCACCAUUACCAUUACCAUCAUAGUUAUCGUCACAAUUAUCGUCACCGUUAUCAUAACCGUGACCGUGACCGUUACCCUUACCAUUAUCGCUACCGUUAUAGUGACUGACACCAUUACCACUACUGUUACUAUUUCUACCAUCGUCACCCUAGCCUUUACUGUGACUAUUACCAUCACCGCUACAGUCACCGUCACUGUUACCGUUACUUUCUUCGUCAUCGUAACCGUCACUGUUAGAAUUACCAUUACUCUCACCGUCAUUCUUACCAUUACCGUUAGUGUCAUUGUUAUUGUCAUGGUUACUAUUAUUGUCACCGUCAUCAGUGUUACCAUUACUGUCACUAUAAACGUUAUCGUUAUUAUUACCGUUAUUGUAGCCAUUAGUGUCACUAUUACAGUCACCGUUAAUGUCUUCGUUACCGUCACCAUCACCGUCACCGUUAUCGUUACUGGCAGUAUUACCGUCACUGUCACUUUUACAAUCACCGUCACAUUUAUUAGUUACAGUGAUCGUUACCAUUAUCGUUAUUGUCACCGUCACUGUUACAAUAACUGUUACUUUUACCGUUAUCGUUACCAUAACCGUUACCAUAAUCGUUAUCUUACCAUUACCAUCACCGCUACUUUUGCCGUAAUCGUGAAUGUUAUCGUCACCAUUACCGUUACCGUGAUUGUCCUCAUUAUUGUUACCAUCACCGUUACCGUCAGCGUUACCGCCAUUGUUACUGUUACCGUUACCGUGACCGUUACUCUUACCAUCAUUGUGACCGUCACCGUUACCAUCACUAUUAUCGUCACCAUCACAGUCACCAUUAUCGUUUGA